AUCUCUUCAUGUCUUGGCGUGAGCUCCUUCCCCCCUGGCUGGUGAUCGUAGCGGGGCUGACGGGCAUCCUGCUGCUCUGUGUCUCCACCAAAGAUGUGCCUGUGGCCCCGCUCAGGACCAAGUAUGGCGUUGUUCUGGAUGCUGGCCCAUCUCGCACCAUCCUGUUCAUCUACCAGUGGACAACCAGCAAGGCAAACACGACUGGGGUGAUCAGAGGAUGCAGUUCCUGUCCUGUGCAAGGUCCAGGAGUCUCCAGCUACUCCGAUUCUCCUCAGAAAGCUGGGAAGAGCUUGGAGCCGUGUUUGAACUGGGCCCAGAAUGAGAUCCCAGCAGAGCAGCACAGCCAAACCCCCCUGUACUUGGGAGCCACCAGCAGCAUGAGGCAGCUGAACCUCACCCAUCCCAUCCUCUCUGACAGUCUCCUUGCAGCUCUGACUGGCACUCUGAAGUCAUCCCCCUUCAACUUUCAAGGGGCACAAAUCCUGUCCAGCCCAGAGGAAGAAGCAUUCAAUUGGGUUGCUGUUAACUACGUCCUGGAGAACUUCUUCAAGUAUGACUGGCGAGGACAGUUGGUCCCCUCCAGGAAGGGGAUGGCAGGAGUCCUGUCCGUGGGAGGAACCUCAGCACAGCUCACUUCUGAACUGGAAGAAGAGAAGCAGGCCCCAGAGGAGGGAGUGAGGCUGCAGCUCUAUGGGCAGACACACAGGGUGCACACCCGCCAGUGCCCCUGCCACGGCACGGAGCAGCUCCGCCACAGGCUGCUCUCUGUGCUCAUCCAGGAUCAGAGAAGUGCUAAAACCGUCUCCAAUCCCUGCUGGCCCCUCACUUACUCCCAGGAAGUGCAGUGGCAAUCAGUGCAUGCUGGGCCUUGUGCUGCCAGUGAUGACACACAGAACAUCCCUGGCCCCAAGGAGGUCUUCAACAUCACAGGCUCCAGCAACCCCACAGCCUGCAUGAGCCUCGUGCAAAGCCUGCUCAACUCUUCCUCCUCCUGCAGCUUCUUCAAGCAUUCCCCCAGCAGUGGUGUCAAGCCCCUUCAGACCAGGUUUCUGGUGGUUUCUGAGGCCAUGGACUUCAUGAGAGGAACUGUACCUUCUCCUGACUUGGGUCAGGCUGUCAAGAGGCUGUGUGGGAUGUCCAUCAAAGAGCUGAUUAGGGAGUCCCAAGCAAGCCUGGAUACACUUGUUGAUUACUGCGCUGUGUCUGCCUUCAUCUUCCAUCUCAGUACAACAGGAUACACACUUGACCUUGACCGGCCUGCUUGGACUGCAUUCCAGAAGAUGGGUGAUAGAUCAUCUGGCUGGACUCUUGGGUACCUGCUGAGUCUGACCAGCACCAUCCCCCAGGACAGCCCAAGCUUCCUCAAGGGGAUUGAGCCGGGGGUCUGGUCCUUGCUCCUGAUCCUCUUCGUCGUGCUGCUCAUGGGCUCCUUCAUGCGCAUCUCGUACCGAGUGAUGGUCAAGGACAGCAGCUCCAGUCACAGGAACAGCAGAGUUUUUGAUGACUGACAGUUUUCUGUGACUCAAGACUCUCGUCAGAGCACAGUUAACAGGGUCCAGACAGAAAUCACAGAGGUGUAAGUCACUGGAGGAUGCAAGUGAUUUUCCUGCAGGGCUCCCAGCAAAUUGCUGGUACUUGCACUGCUGUACUUUGAGACAAUGGAUCCUGCUCCACAGGAGGUUUGUGAUUCCUGGUGGAUGGCAAGCUAUUCAUUCUCCAAACAAGAACAGCCUGCAUGGCUCUUCCUUGGGCUACAGCUGGGAUUACUCAUGUCAAACAUGAAAUGAUGCCUCUGAGCAGGCAGGCCCUGAGCUAUUGUGAAGUUAAUAUUGUACAAUCUGUCAAAUCAGAAGAGGUGAUGUCUGAAAAAAGUGCUCUGUCCUCUUCUGUGGCCUCUCAAGAGAGAUGAUACAUUAGUGAAGACUGGAAGAGCAUUAAAAUACAGAAUCCAACAGCCAACAGCUCCCACAUUCUAGGGGAAAUGCAGGUAUUUUCUGCCUGAUAUGUCUGUGCUUCCAUCUCAGUGAUGGUGGCCACAUGCCCCUUCUAAUGAAUGCUCCUGCUGACCAGGAAUCCUCCAAAACCAAUCCUUCUUAGUCUUGGCCUCUACAAAAUGCACAUAGGAUCAAAGGAGAAACAAAGGGCACAGACACACAGCUGAGUUUUUGUCUCUCAGCUGAG